GAUAUGACCCUCUUCUACUUUUUACUGUUCUCGACCGAAGGAGCAGCGCUCCAAGCUCUGGUUAAAGUUAGAACUCUCUCUCUUUCAGUUCCGUCUUCCCGGCUGCCGGUUUCUGCAGAUCUUUGCCACUGACGAAGCCUAUUCUAGAGUGAAUACUGCAGGAAUAAUGGACACCUAUGUCAGUGCCAAUGGAAAAGAGGGGAAUAAUUUGUCUCGGCAUUCCAUUGUUAAGAAAUUGAAGGGCUGUUAUCAGUCUCCAGUAGUGGAAAUUGUUAGAGCAUUGCCUCAAUUGCCAACAAAACCAUCUAAUGCUCUCGGUCCAGUCACUCCUGAUUCCAUCCGAGAAGGUGGUGACCACGUAGAUGUGUGCUGGUCACCAGUGUCUUCUCUUCCGAGGACUCUUUGCUUCAAUUCUCAACAAUAUGGCAACCUGGUUUAUUCAAAUGAAGGAAGUCCACGAACUCCAAAGGGGUUGGUCUGUAAUCCAUUUGCUCCUGGACCAGAUGAACUCUUGCUUGCCCCGCAGUGCAAGAAAUAUUUUACAGAUUCACGAACCAAAGUGAUGCGUCAGCUUAACUUUGAGGAGUUGCUGAAUUUCGAUGGAAAUGUUGAUCAUACAGACAAUAUGGGAUCUGUCUCAGAGGAUGAGAUGCUAUUUGAAUCGUUGUACAAUUCUCUUCUAGAAGUUAUUACCUCAGAACAAACAGAGGGUCUUCAUGCUAAAGCCUCAACUCCACUUUCAGAUUCUGAUGGAUACAAGACACCUAGCUGUGCACCUCGUCUUAGUAGAGUUGCUGAUACUUGCCCCGAUGCUCCUAGGAGGCCUGCAAAUCGAUUUAAAAAUAUUGACAAGGGAUUAUGCAAAAAGCUUACAUUUUGACAUAUCUUUAUGUUGCAAUGUAAUAAUAACUAUGUGAAGAAAUCUGGGUUCUCUACAAGAAGAUUGAUUCUAGUACAUGACGACCUCACGCAUCUUUACUCUGGUCACUAGCCUCAAAUUUGGAUGUCGUAGAGCAUUAACAAAUGGGAAAAGGGUCAAAUAUACCCCUCUACUUUGGAUA